AGCUUACAACCGGAAGUAGUAUUUCGCGACACGGCUAGCUUGACAUUUCUGAUGACCAUGUCUCCUUGGCAGAUUCGUUUCCGCCAGUAGGAACGUCUGGAUUUCCCGUGAAGCAACUGCGUUUUGUUAGCAGCACGCUAGCGGGCCGCUGUCAAGCCUGGACACAGAAAGAAGGAAAACAAAAAAAAAAAAAACAGAAAAUUAAAAAAAAAAAAGCAGCAUCAUCAUCAAUGGUGUGUCUACAUCCCGGAGCCGACACAUCGUCCUGUGCACGCUCGAUGAUCCAUCUCCUCAGCUCUCAGCACAGCUGCACAUGUAUGGCGUUUGCGAGGCUCGGAGGGGAGUUUUGCCAAGCCCAGCACCUGCUGCUCAUCGUGGACAAGUGAAGAGGAGACACCAGCUUGGCGCAAACACUGCCGUCGACGUGCACAGGUCCUUACUGCCAUCCGGUUCAAUCCAUAUGAAGACAAGCCAACCUUCAGCCUGUCAUCUGUCCCGGGGAGUGGAAGAGGCUUCGGGUUUAACCCAGGAGUUUCCUCACAGCUCUUCUCCUUUUCUGCUUUUCCUUUCCUCUCCUCCCCUGAGUCGGCCACGGCUUCUCUGAAUGGGUUAGCCGAUUGGAAAGAAAGGAAGGAAGGAAGGACUCAUCUUUUUUCUGUUAUCAUUUUUUUCUUCUUCCUGGAUUUUGGUCGUCCGCUCCAAUCUUUUUGAUUCCAAUCUGCUACAAUUAAAUAUUUAUUUUUGAAUAAAGCCAAUUUUUAUUUAUUUCCUCAUUGCCAAGAAAAGUGUAAACCACCAUCAUAUUUCUAUGCAAUCGAAUCUGCUUUGUUUGAAUUUCUUUUAAUAGACCACAUUUUGUCAUCGAAUUGACUAGCAACAGUUUUUUGUCAUACUUAGUAAAAUAGUAGUCAUACAGAUCCAUUAGUUAGUGAAAUUACUUUGACAUUUUUGGCUUUGUGAACAGUUAUUUUUUUUUCUUUUAUCAGUGUAUUUUAUUUAGCUUAUUUACAUUUUAGACCAUCACUUUGAUUUGUUUGAGGACCCUGUCACAUACCUUAUUUUUUUAUCUGGCCCAUUAUAUGCAAAGAACUUUUCUCACGUUUCUUUUUGUGUAAAUAAACCUUUUGAGGGUCUAAAAAUGAACCGACCGGCUCCGGUGGAGAUCUCUCAUGACUGCCUGAGAUUUCUCAUUACGCACAACCCCACCAAUGCACAACUCGGGAGGUUUAUAGAGGAUCUGAAGGCGUAUGGUGUGAACACCCUGGUGAGAGUGUGUGCCGCCACAUACGACAAGACACCAGUGGAGCAAGAAGGUAUCCAAGUCGUGGAUUGGCCGUUUGACGAUGGCUCCGCCCCCCCAGAACAGGUGGUCGAUGAUUGGCUGAACCUGCUGCAGACAAAGUUUCGGGAGGAACCGGGUAGCUGUGUGGCUGUGCACUGCGUGGCUGGAUUAGGAAGAGCUCCGGUGUUGGUGGCCCUGGCGCUCAUCGAGAGCGGGAUGAAAUACGAAGACGCCGUGCACUUCAUAAGGCUGAAGCGGCGCGGAGCCUUCAACUCCAAGCAGCUGCUGUACCUGGAGAGCUACAAACCCAAACUGUGUCUGCGCUCCAAGGAUGCCAACGGACAGAGCUGCUCCGUACAGUAGGAACCUUCGUAGGAGUCUCGCCAUUUGAUGUAGACCUGGAAAAGUCUGCAUUUACUGAAAAUAAAUGUUUUGGUGACAAACAAGGGCCAUUAAAUCCAAUCAACACACGUGCAAACUUUUGCCGUUUUUAAAAAGUUGUUUUUUUUUGAGGGAGGAAAAGAGUGACGAGAUGACGUGAUCUUUGCAAUAAAACAUCUUUGAUGUGACGUGCCGAGCCAAUCAGCGUUGAGAUGUCUCCAUUUCCCCUCCCAACUUUUCAACCGUUCACUCUAAUUAUAGGCGGCGUGCGUAUACUAGAUUAUCCCACAUUGGCUCACUUUUGGGGUUACACUCUGAAAUGUCCCGGUGCCCCCUCCAAUCCCCUCUGCAACCGCCCCAGUUGUCACCUUUUUCACCCCAUAUGAGUUUGCAGGUAUGAAUCAAAGGACUACAUAUAUUUAGAAGAAUUCUAGGGACCUGGUGUCAUGUUUCAGAAAAUCUUUUAAAAAAACAUAUGCAGAUAACUUUAAAUGAAAAAUACUUUUUAAUUUCCUCACCUUUAGUGUGCAGCAAGACUCCCACGAAUACGUAGCCCAUUAAAGUGAAUCAUUUAAUUAGAGCUGUUAAUAACUAAUCACACUUCAAUGUUCUACAAACCGUCACCAACAAGACUUUUCAUUUUACCUCGAGGGUUGUGUGCGAGUUCAUUAACGGAUGUAGAAACAGUUUUGUCGUCGUAACGCCAUUAAAUCCAGCUCCCUUUUACCUGAAUUUGUGUGAGUAAAUGUUUUAUUUUAAGAACUCAAGGUAACGCGUGGUGAGUGGUAGAUGUGUAAACCCAAAUGUUAUUUCAUUGGUGACGACUUCUGAUUUAAAUUCCCUCGUGACGUUUGGGAUCUGACAUCACGGAACGUCUGUAGAGUCACGCAGGUCCGCUGCUAGAUAUUCGUUAAACGCUCCGAGUUACCAACACAGAAUUAAAUGUGCUUUUAGAGGCCGGCUGCUUUUAAUCAAUCCGCACAGCGGUUCAGGCCGAUGCUGUACGUCCUGUGUCAGAGUCGUGGGCCGCCUGCUGCUCCAGAACAAACCGGCGUGGCUGUAAAUGUUUGACGCUGAAGGGAAGGCAACGCUUUAAGGUUUUUGGUAGAUUGUCCUGAUGGAAAACAUCAACGUGGCCUCACAGGCUCAUUGACUCCAGCAUACUGUGUGUUUUAUCAGCACUAGACAACAUUGAGUGGUAUUUUGUUCUUGUUACUAGGCUCUAAACACAUGAGCAUUUACUAUUUAAGAUGGAUGAAAGUCUUUUUAAAUUGUCUUUAAAAAUAAGUGAUACAAACAUGAAAGUCUUUUUGAUUCUCUGGGUUUUCAUCACAGGAACAAACAGGACAAUCUGCUGAAAACGUUCCGAGUUCCUUUUAACGAAAAGCCACAGAACGGCGCCACUGAAGCCUGCUGUUUGGUCCUUGUGAUGUUAUUCUUUCUCAAUAGCUUUUCUUUUCCUUCCCUGUACACUUUAAACUAUUUGUAUUUAUUCAUUGA